UUUUAACGGUACCACUGGAGGAGGACUGGGCAAACUCAAGCUGAGCCUAGAGAAAGGCGGGGAAAGGACCACAUUCGAUGAACCCAUCUGGCUGGUCUAGAGUUCCUAAAGGGUCUUGACCAUGUCGGAGACGGGGGAGAUGAGUGAAUUUGGCUACAUUAUGGAAUUGCUAGCCAAAGGCAAGGUGACUAUUAAGAAUAUCGAAAGGGAGCUUAUUUGCCCAGCAUGCAAGGAGCUGUUUACACACCCACUGAUUCUCCCCUGCCAGCACAGCGUCUGUCAUAAGUGUGUGAAGGAGCUCUUACUGUCUCUCGAUGAUUCCUUCAAUGAUGUGGCCUCAGACAACUCCAACCAGAGCAGCCCGCGGCUUCGGCUCACCUCCCCUAGCAUGGAUAAAAUUGACAAGAUUAGCAGACCAGGCUGGAAGCGGAAUUCACUUACCCCAAGAUCAACUAUGUUUCCGUGUCCUGGCUGUGAGCAUGAUGUGGAUCUUGGAGAGCGGGGAGUCAGCGGCCUGUUUCGCAAUUUCACUUUGGAGACCAUUGUAGAGCGAUACCGGCAGGCCGCUAGGGCAGCCACAGCCAUUAUGUGUGACCUUUGUAAACCGCCGCCCCAGGAAUCCACGAAGAGCUGCAUGGACUGCAGUGCAAGCUACUGCAAUGAAUGCUUCAAAAUUUAUCACCCUUGGGGUACGGUAAAAGCCCAGCAUGAGUACGUGGGCCCCACCACUAAUUUCAGACCCAAGAUUUUAAUGUGCCCAGAACAUGAGACCGAGAGGAUAAACAUGUACUGUGAGCUGUGCAGAAGGCCAGUCUGCCACCUCUGUAAGUUGGGUGGGAAUCAUUCCAAUCACCGGGUGACCACUAUGAGCAGUGCUUACAAAACCUUAAAGGAGAAGCUUUCAAAGGACAUUGAUUUCCUUAUUGGUAAGGAAGGCCAAGUGAAGAGUCAAAUUUCUGAACUAAACUUGUUAAUGAAAGAAACAGAGUGCAAUGGAGAGAGGGCAAAGGAAGAAGCACUGGCCCAUUUUGAAAAGCUCUUUGAAAUCCUAGAAGACAGGAAGUCAUCUGUUUUGAAAGCCAUAGAUGCCUCUAAGAAACUAAGACUAGACAAAUUUCACACGCAAGUGGAAGAGUACCAAGGCCUUCUGGAGAACAAUGGGCUUGUGGGAUAUGCUCAGGAAGUCCUGAAGGAGACGGAUCAGUCUUGCUUUGUGCAGACAGCAAAGCAGCUCCAUCUCAGAAUCCAGAAAGCUACGGAAUCUCUGAAGAGCUUCAGACCCGCAGCCCAAGCUUCGUUUGAAGACUAUGUCGUUAACAUAACCAAACAGACAGAGGUGCUUGGAGAACUGUCCUUUUUCUCUAGUGGCAUAGACAUUCCUGAGAUCAACGAGGAACAGAGCAAAGUGUAUAAUAACGCCUUGAUAGACUGGCACCAACCAGAAAAGGACAAAGCCGACAGCUAUGUUCUUGAGUACCGGAAGAUUAAUAGAGAUGAAGAAAUGAUGUCGUGGAAUGAGAUAGAAGUGCAUGGCACAAGUAAAGUUGUCUCCAACCUUGAAAGCAACAGUCAUUAUGCUUUCCGAGUGCGAGCUUACAGAGGUUCCAUCUGCAGCCCCUGCAGCAGAGAGCUGGUUCUGCACACUCCCCCAGCUCCAGUUUUCAGCUUCCUGUUUGAUGAGAAGUGUGGCUAUAAUAACGAGCACCUCUUGUUGAACCUGAAGAGAGACCGGGUGGAGAGCAGAGCCGGAUUUAACGUUCUCCUGGCUGCGGAACGCAUCCAAGUGGGCUACUACACAAGUUUAGACUACAUCAUCGGAGAUGUGGGAAUAACGAAGGGGAAACACUUCUGGGCCUGCCGUGUGGAACCGUAUUCAUACCUGGUCAAAGUGGGAGUUGCCUCUAGCGACAAACUACAGGAGUGGCUUCGGUCUCCCCGGGACACGGCUAGUCCAAGAUAUGAACAAGAUAGUGGCCAUGACAGUGGGAGUGAAGAUGCCUGCUUCGAUCCUUCACAACCGUUUACGUUAGUUACUAUAGGCAUGAAGAAAUUUUUUAUACCCAAGUCAUCUACUUCUUCUAAUGAACCCGAAAAUAGAGUUCUUCCCAUGCCAACAAGUAUAGGGAUUUUCCUAGACUGUGAUAAAGGUAAAGUGAGCUUCUAUGAUAUGGAUCACAUGAAAUGCCUGUAUGAGCGCCAGGUAGACUGCUCGCAUACAAUGUAUCCAGCAUUUGCCUUAAUGGGCAGUGGAGGAAUUCAGCUUGAAGAACCCAUCACGGCAAAGUAUCUGGAAUAUGAAGAAGACGUGUAGCGCUGCCACCCCAUGUGGCGAGGAUGAAAACCGUGGACGAAGCCAUGCUUUGGUGUCAGUCUUCGUAACAAUUACAUGUCAUUCACGUCUUCUGUCACCACACCUGUUUGUAGUGUGCGAUUCUUUGUUUUAUCUUGUUUUGUUUGACACCCAGGGUCUUGUCAAACUCUGUCCUCCUGUGGUGGGCUCCAGAGUGCUGGGAUUAUAGGUGGGCACUGCCAUACAGCUAGUGUGUGAGCCUUAAAACUCAGAAGGCCUUCACAACCUUGCCUCUUCCUUGCCGCUGUUUUGCCUUUCACAUUUGUUGACACCAGUCCCAGACAGGUCACUUGACAGCUGGUCCUUCUCUUUGGGCACAAGGACUCUAAUUUAUUUAAGUCAGCUGAUGUUGCUAUUAUCUACAUUCUUUUUGUUUUGAAGUGGGUGGGAUACAAAGUAUUUAUU